CUGGAAAGUGUAAAAACGUUGUAACAAGUGGCGCUAGUGAGCGCCGCAUCGUCGUUCCCUCCCUCUUACCUCCCCUGCCCCUAUUUGGCAACCAAGUUGUCAAAUCAAAUCACAAUUUCAGCUCACCGAAAGUGGUGCAGCAUUUACAAUUUGCCACUUUUAUGAAUGAGAAUUUAAUCAAUCUUGCCUGUAUAAUGGGUGACAUAAGUAAAUUAUGAAGAUUAAUUCGAUCGCGGCGUUCACAAAUGGCUGCGGAUUCGCUAUUAAAAACGGGAAAACACUCGAAGUAUAUAUCGUAUAGAAAAAUUUUGUACCAUAGGUUUUUCGUUGGGUUGCUGUUGUUUAUAUUGGUGACUUUAGCGAUUAUUGUGUUGUUUAAUGCUCUGUCGAGUAGUUCGCCGCGGACAGUUGUGCACGAAGCAGUGAAUUUGGACCGUAGUGUUGUGGUGAAGUUGGGGCAAGAUGCAGCUACAGCGCAACCCAGAGAUGCAAACUGCACUUACUGGGAGUGCUUUAACGUAUACCGGUGCGGCAGAGGCGGCCACAAUAAGAUAACAAUAUACAUAUACCCGAGAACGGACUUCCACACGUCAGAGGGUCCUAUAUCAAAAUUUUCUAGAGAAUUUUACGUAAUUUUAGAUACUAUAAAACAUAGUAAAUAUUAUACAGCGAAUCCUGAGGAGGCGUGCUUGCUAAUUCCUAGUAUAGACACUCUAAAUCAACGUAGUUUUUUAAGCAAACAUGUAUCACAGGCUUUCAACAUUCUUUCACAUUGGAAUAAUGGAGAAAACCACCUUGUAUUUAACAUGCUGCCUGGAUCAGCACCCAACUAUGAGACUGUCCUCGAUCUCAACACAGGCAAGGCCAUCAUAGCCGGGGCCGGGUUCGACACCUGGUCCUUCCGGUACGGCUUCGACGUGGCCAUCCCAGUCUACAGCUCUCUCGCUGCUCAUAUAGACAGUACACAACCAGACGAUAAGAAAUACUUAAUAUUAUCCACCCAAUUAAACAUCCCGAGAGAUUACUUAUCUGUAUUACAGAAUAUAGCGUCGUCAUCAAACGAUCUAAUACUUCUAGAUAGAUGUAAAGAUGCCGAUCACAGUAAACGCUGUGAGUAUGUAACGGGAAGGAUAUUUAACUACCCAGAAGUAUUAAAAGAUGGGAUGUUUUGUUUAGUCAUACGGAGUGCGAGACUUUCCCAAGCCGUGUUGAUGGAUGUUUUAGCAUCGCAGUGUAUUCCUAUAAUAGUGGCAGAUUCGAUAGUCAUGCCUUUUAACUCGCAUGUGGAUUGGAAUAAAAUAGCAAUAUUUGUACCUGAAGAGAAUUUGAAGAAUGUUUUGAAGAUAGUGCACGCGGUGAGUCACGAAAGGCGUGGGGAGUUAUAUUGGCAGCAGAGAUGGGUGUACGACAGAUACUUCUCGAGUAUACAGAAGAUAACUAUGACUAUGUUGGAGAUUAUUAAUGAAAAGGUGUUCCCGUUGGCAGCUAGGAGUUACGAGGAUUGGAACAUGCCGGAGCAUUUGUACGGUCCCGUGAACCCGCUUUUCCUCCCAGUGACCGCGCCGAAGGGCCCGGGCUUCACAGCGGUCAUACUCACCUACGACCGGGUGGACAGCCUAUUCACACUAGUAAGGAAGCUGGUGCGGACACCCAGUUUAGCGAAGAUUCUCGUCGUGUGGAAUAACCAACGGAAAGCACCGCCUCCAUCGUCAGAGUGGCCAGUGAUCAACAAGCCGCUGAAGGUGAUAAGGACCAAAGAGAACAAGCUGUCCAAUCGUUUCUUCCCUUACGACGAGAUCGAGACCGAAUGCCAACUCACCAUUGACGACGAUAUUGUCAUGUUGACGCCCGAUGAAUUAGAGUUUGGUUUCGAUGUGUGGCGUGAGUUUCCUGACCGGAUCGUGGGGUUCCCGUCCCGCCUCCACGUGUGGGACAACGGCACUAACUUCUGGCGAUACCACAGCGAGUGGACCAAUCAGAUUUCCAUGGUGCUAACUGGCGCCGCGUUCCACCACAAGAUCUGGUCGUGGUACUACACGCACCGCAUGCCGGCCGCCGUGCGCGCGUGGGUCGACGACAACUUCAACUGCGAGGACAUCGCCAUGAACUUCCUCGUGGCCAACGUCACCGGCAAGCCGCCCAUUAAGGUAACGCCCCGCAAGAAGUUCAAAUGCCCCGAGUGCACCAACACCGAGAUGCUGUCCGCCGCCGCGCGCCACAUGGCGCAGCGCUCCGCCUGCAUACAGCGCUUCACGCAAAUAUAUGGACACAUGGCGUUAAAGUCUGUGGAAUUUAGGGCCGACCCACUGCAGUACAUGGAAAAUUCCGGGAUACCACAUAUGUAUCCCGAAAUAGGAAUGCUUUAAAAAAAGCAACACCCCGCGAGAAACUAAAAAAUCCAGCGAAAGUUGUGUUUAAGUAGCUUCACACAUAUAUAUGGACAUAUGGCGCUCAAAUCUGUGGAGUUCAUGGAGAAUUCCGGUAUACCACAUAUGUAUCCUGAUAUAGGCAUGCUUUAAACCAGAUUAAAGGUCGAAAAACAUUGAACAUUCAGCAAUCAAUGUAUAUAAUAUAAUAUUGUUUAACGAAAAUAUAUGGUUACAUGGUGCUCAAAUCAGUGAAGCUCAGAGCUGACCUACUGCAGUAUAUGGAGAACUCCGGUAUACCACAUAUUGUACCCAGAUAUAGGUAUAAUUUAAACCAGGUAACCCCCUACAGAACAUUUAAAAAUCCCAGCGAAAAUCUUGUAUAAGAAAACCCAGCAAAAAUCUUGUAUAAUUUGCAGUAAGUUGCUACAUGCAAAUUACAGCUACAUGUCCAUGUCAAGUCUGUGAGUUCAUGGUGGAUUCGCAGUAUAAUGCAACUUGCUUUUUCAACACGAAUAUUUGGCUAAAUAAAAUACAACAAAGUCUUGCUGGUUAAAGGAGAAUUUUGGAAUACGCCACUUGUAUCCUGAUAUUAAAAUGUCAUAAUGAGUAAUAACAUUAUAUGGUCCAUUCAAUAUGAAGUUUAUAAGUGAACUACUGGCUAAAUAAUAUGAAAGGCAACUUCUAAAUACAUAAUACGAUUAAUGCGAUAAGAUUUUGGCAACUUAAACGAAGGGGUAAAACUAGAGCUUUGUUGUUGUAAUAAAGUUGUGUGUGUGAUAAAAACGAGUCACUAUUGAAUUAACCAUAAGAUGACUUCUUGGUUAAAAUAUAUUACACUUACACAUCAAAAUUGAUGAAAGUUACACAAAAUAUAACCUCGUGCCGCCACCAUGAUCCAUGAUAUGUUAUAGCUAGAAAAGUUUGAAUCUAGUUGUAUUUUUAAUUGGGUUGAAUUUCGUUUGUUCGAAAAUUUUACGAGACGAAAAAUAAUUCUACUGAAAAAGAAUGUACAUCGUAAUGUACAUUGGGCGGCACGAGGAUAAUUAUGUAACGAAAAGAUUCUUAUUUGACCAUUUUGUACCUUGUUACAAAUAUAUAAGGUCUGCUGAACGGUAAUUAAGAUCCAUUCAUUCAUCACUGAGAGUUAUAAAAUCGUCAGUUUACAAUCAAAGUUUAAUAAGUAACUCAUGUUUCAGCAUCCAUCUAGAACAACAAAUGUUGCUAGACGGACGUGGUGUUCAAAAUUAACUGAAAACAACUUUAUUGUUAAGAGAAUAAGAGCGAGUGUAGGUCAUAUUGAACAUUUCUCCCGCUUGCUUCUGAUGCUGACUGUACUGCGUGAGGUUAUUAAAAGAAACAAAUACUAGUGUUUGGUUGUCAGCUGACAUAAUAUAGGGUUAUAUAAUGCCAAGAUUAUGAAAUAACUAUAGGUAGCAUAGGAAAGGUUGAGAGCUAGAGAAGGAUGGACAAUAAAGUGUAUGAAGGCUGUAUGAGAUUAGAGAAAUGGGAAUACGUCCCCAAUACCCAGGGUAAGUAGUUUUAACUGCCACGACUUGAUUUAUUUUUAUUUAACAUUAGGUGUCGUUAAUGCAAUUUGUGAAAAUACUUAAAUAAAUACAUACUUAUGGCCAGUUGUACCAUUUGAACCCCUUAUAUCCUAGAAAACUAACUUUUACGAAAAAGUGCAUGUUAGCCAUCUAGGCGAACCUACCUAAAAACACCAAGAACCCAAAAAAAAAAAAAACUAUAUUCUAAAAUUGCAAUAAGUUUCGAAUUGAGCACCCCUGAGAACCUAGAAAACGAUAUCCACGAUGAGCGAUAACUUACGAUAUGUUUUCACGAGAGAUUACUUACACUAGUAUUUUGAUAGCUGUUUUUCUAAUCGGGGCAGAAACGAAUCCAACAAAUUGUUCUCGAGUUACAAAUGGUAUAAUUUACCCGACUUUGUUUUUUAUAUAUUUGACUCUGUUUGUUGAAAUACUAAAAUUAGUUAUUGAAAACUCGAAAAGCAUCUGAGACUACAAAUUGCUCAUUAACGACAUCUAGUGCUUAAAUAAAUGACCCUGACCGAUAACGUACAGUGAAGGUAAACUUAUUUUCAUGUUGACGUUUUAUGCUGUGCCAUCUUUUUUACAUUUUAUACAUAAGUUUCACGCCAUACCUCCGUAUAUUGAAUGUUUAUCCCACCCAAUUAAAAAAAACGUUACAUAGUCAAUUAAAGUCCUAUUAUCGCUUAAUAGUUCUUUAUAAUUUCAAUGUUCUGGAUUAUUAUAGCUACACGCCUUUUAGUGUUAACCACUAUACUCUGUAUCUUUAGGUAUUUAAAUAAAAUUAAACAAAAAGUUUGUACAUUUUCGGGUAGUUAUAACAUUUAUUGGUUAACCAACCAAAUACAAAACCGCCUGGAUCUGUCACUGAACGACCUGACUUUAACCUACAUUAUUUGAUCGUGUAAUGUUUUCAUCUACCCUCAACUGGCGUACGGAGCCGAUUGGUUUACGGGGUUAAUUUAAAUACCUAAAGAUACAGAGUAUAGUUUUAUGUCAUCGAUGCAACCAGCCAUAAGGCUGCCUAUUCACUGAGGCAGAGAUGAGCGGAGAUGAGAGACGCGCGGGAAACAACCAAUAGCAUUGGUUCUCUUCUCCGCUCCGCUGGAUUACAACCAAUCUUGAUUGAUUCUCGCAUGUCUCGUAGCUCCGCGUCAGUGGAGUGGCCUAACAGUAUUACCUAUACUGUACAUUAUCAACAAAUAAAUUGUACAUUAUAAGCAAAAAUAAAUUGACGCUUGUUGCGUAUAAGUAUCAAUUGAGCAAAUAUUAGUUAUCGGUAUAUUUUUUCAGGAAAACCAUUUGUGUUGUGUGUCGUUGUUUUUUGUCGUUUUCGAAGUCAAUUUUAGAUGUACCUAGGCUAUUUGUAUUUAUUAUUUACAAUGAGCUUCUGUGUUAGUAUUUAGGGGUCACCAAAGUGUUUGAAGUAAUUGAAAUUAACAUUAACGCAUUCUAUUGAAAAUAUUUGAAGAAUACAUUAGUAACAUUGGCCAAAAUGUCGCUUAUCAUUGGUCAUGCUGGUUAAAUCCUUCAAUUUUGGUGAUACAGAUUUGUGGGGAAAUUGUAAAAGAUCUUCUAUACAUUUCUGACGCGCGCGGAUACAGUCUAAUAUCAACCUUAGUGCAUUCCGACAAGGAUCAUGAUGACGCUCCGUUCACGACAGGCGUGGCGUUCAAAGGGUUAAUUACGUAUAAUAGUGUCUGCAGACGACCGCACCGGACCGCGACCUUAGUGCGGUCUGGCGCAUGUUCGAUCGUAUGUAAGGUGGUCCACCGUACUUUCGUUAAGGACGCAGCUAUAAGUGUGAGGGAGAAAAAUAUGUUUUGAUCGCACCAAGGUCCGGUGCGGUUGUCUCUAGAGUCUUAAGUCCAAGUUCAAAGAAAAAAAGCUGUAACAAUAACAACAUUUUUGGGGAACUUCUGUCAAUGCAGUCUCACAAUAGGCAAUAUUAAUGUUAAUGUCACUUACAAUUAGGUACUAUUAACUCCAGCGUAUUCAAUGGUUGGAUAUUUUGUUUUUAAUUUUCAUAUCUUUUAGUUAAGAUACAAUAAUGCCCCAAACAAACAUCCCUUGGGGAUCUAUCCUAUCUCUUAAAUAAGCGGUCUAAUUGUAAACGAGUAUUCGCUUUGAACCUUCUUGCCACUGUAUAGUUGAUAAUUUUGUACGACAAUAAGUUGUUAGAUCCAACAAUCCUGAUAAGUUUCAUGUCAAUUCUCUCUUGAAAUCGUUAAGGUUGGUCAUUGUUAAGAAUACAAUCAAUUACGGAAGAACCACUAAGUAACUUAUGAAAAUACGGGUUGUUAUUUCAAACCUUACCCAAAUUUUCCGAGGUGUGAAAGUAACUUUUCUUUUAGUAUAAAACCAACACGAAAUCGCGAAAAAAUUGUGGCUGUCCGAUAAUAAAUAUCGACACCUGAUCAGACAAAACGUAUGAAGCAGGCAUGUUUUAGUUGGUCCUGUAAAUAGGUAAAAGUUGCUCAGUAUGACCUAUACCUAUUCUUACUAGCAAAAUAUGGCUAAAUGUUGAAGAAAGCAGCCUGUAUUACUGGCUAAUCUUAAUUAAUCAUACAAUACGUCUUAGCAUUUUGUCUCGUCGUUUCCGAAUACUUUAGCUAUUUACAUUCUUAACAAUGAUCAGCCAAACUCCUAGAGCAAAAGCAGUCUGUCCUUAGAAUUGUAAUGAAGAUAUUCUAAAGAAUAAUGAAAUUAUAGUGUUAGAGAAAAAAAUUAGUCCAUCUUGACAUAUCGGUGCUUGCGUCGAGGGUCAUUCCUACGUACCUAGUUAUAUAAAUGUAUAUUGUAAUGGACAGUGCAUAGAUAUAUGGAUUUAUCGAUGGCAUAAUUUUAAACAUAUAUCUUUUGUAUUUUAUUACGAUGCAAUGACUGAAUUAUAUUUUAAGCGUAUGGAAUUUCAGUCGAUUUUAUGUAUAGUAACUCCAAUGAUUUUCUUUAUUAUAAAUCUGUUGAUAAUAAAUCACAAUAUAAUUUAAUGUUUGAGCCAUUCUUGUAAGUACAUUUUGUAAUUUAUUCGCCAUUAUUUUCUAUUUAUGAUUUUAUAAUUUUAUUAAAUUAUUUUUUUAGCGUUUUUGAGACAUUCGUUUGUACUUGGUAGUUUUUUUUAUCGUAGCCAAAGAACUUUUAGACUAGUCUCGACGUUUUUUUCGCAUUUACUAUGUAUUUGUACUGUAUCGGGUAUCGGUAAACUAAAAGACUAUAAUAACAUAACGAUUUUACUCGUGUUUUUAGGAACUAACAUGUUUCUUGGAAACUAACCCCCUUAUUCAUAAUAACUUACAAAGCUGUCGCAAAUUUCGCGCGGCGCGCUAUAUCUCUUGUUCUCCUCUAAUUUCUUGGCUUUAUGGCCCCUCUUAUCAUUGGCCUUCGAUUGACCCGUAACUAAAGUUGACAUGCUGUUUAGUUCUUUUACUUUUAUUAGGGUUUUGCCAUCUGUUUGCUUUGUACCAUCUGCCGUACCCAGAUGGUACAAAGCCUCAGCCGCUCGCCUCACUCGUUCCCGCACUCUGUCACAGCGGGCGAGGGCUGCUCUCCCUCCGCGCCUCCGUUUUCGCAAUUGCUCUCUAGAGGUUGGACAGACAAGACCACGUGGACAUAGUGCUCUGAUUUUUAAACACGGGACUCCACUGUUCGUCUAUCACCAGGCUGUAUCUCAUAAACCGUGAUAGACAGUUGAAAUUUUCACAGAUGAUGUAUUUCUUCUUCUGCUAUAACACCCAAUACUAAAAACGGAAUAAAAUAAUUAUUCAAGUGGGGUUCCCAUACACCAAACGUGAUUUUUUUUGCCGUUUUUUGCGUAAUAGUACGGAAUCCUACGUGCGCGAGUCCUACUCUCACUUGGCCGAUUUUUGUUAUUAUAGGCUUUAUGGCUCAUACUACCAUAUUAAAAAUAAUUCUACAUACUAGGAUUUAUUUAUUUAUUUUACACAUCGGUUUUCUUAGUUUGGAGUCCCGCGUGUCCUGUGACACAUAUCUAGGCCUCUUCCAGUUUUUCUGUUCUUUCCUGUGAUAGCGUUUAUAUGCCAUUUUAUUUCUUGAUGUUACCUUCUUUUAAAUUGGCCGCCAUGCUUCCUUUUGCCAUCUUGUGGGAACCACUCUGUUAUGUACGAUUCGACCACCCGCCACCGAGCGCCUGGAGUCGGGCCGCGCCGGAGCACGUUUUCAAUGUACCUAUUAUGCCAGAAGCGAUGGAAUCCGUCCGGAGCCGUCCACGUCCGCGAGCAUCUGACCGGCUUGCGGCUAUAAAAAUGUGAAAUACUCUCCGAAUCCGCCCGUUCGCUGAGUAUCGUACUUUAUGAUUUUUGUCCCGUUACCCCUUGUCAUAUCUUUUACUUUAUCGAUACCGAUACUGGAUAGGAUGGUCGGAGUGGAGUUACCAGGUAUAUCAAACGACAGACUAACGACUUCGUUACGGCUAGGCGUAUGCUAGUCUAGGUGUUAGAUAGGUACAAACUAGGUGGCGUAGAAUUGUGUACCUUCGAUCUUUUUCCCUUCUAGGACUUGGACAGGAAUACUAAGAAGCGUAAAGUAUUAAUCAAUAUUGUGGUCCGUUAAAAAGGAGAUGGCGCUGUACGCAUAGUAUGCGGUAACUAUGUCAAGCACUACAUAGUGUUUGAAAAUCACAAAACGUACGGCACUACAGCGCCAUUUACUUUACUUGUGCACUACUUUACGCUUCUUAAUGUUAUUUUGUCUAUGGGAGGAAGUUUGGAUAUUUACUUUGUUCUGUAAGAUUUGAUUAAAUGCAAAUAUUCUUUCUGUUGUGUUCUUUCACGAUUCCAUUUAUUAAACAACUGGGUAUUGAAUAGUGUUGUAUAUUAACAGCCUACAAAGAAAUCUUAAUUAAAAAUAUUAAAGUUGUAGCUAAUUGCGACAAAUACAUGUUAAAUGGUUACUAUAUUUAAGUACAGUUAGCCUUAAAUUAACUGUAUGUUUUAGAUUUUUUUCCGUGUGUCAAAUCAAUAAAAGUGUUUAAGGCCGAGAAAGGAUAAGAUCGAAGUACAGUAGAUAAAUAAUAAUAACUUGAUAUGAAGAUAUUUUAAAUGGAAUAUUUUUUGCAAUGAAAUUAUAUCUUUGAUUUUACUGUUAUGAUUUUUUUUUAAUCGGAUAUUUUAUUUAUCCGAUACUUAGCAUUAUCGCCAUUUUUUUCAGUUUUUCGACAAUGAAUUUGAUAGUUGCAUUGUUUUUGUGCAGCUAUUUAAUAGUAAUUUAAUUUUAUCAUUAAUAAUAAACUAUUGUUAUAAGUAUAAUUUAAUUCAAUAUGAAUUAUUUAUUGUGUCCAGCCUGCAUUUUUGUAAGUGGUUUACGACUUUAAUAUUAAUAUAUCAAAAAAACAUAACACAUGUAAAUGAUUACUUACGAUUUUUAUUUAUACAGUUUUCAUUUCUAACAAGUGCAAAUCAUCAUUCGAAAUCAGUGAAACUGGUAUAAAUACUUAUACUGUAGAAAAAUAUGCCAUCUCACUGUCUGCACUUGUGAGAAAGGGACUGAUAACAUAACUAACAUAGGUCUAGCAGUCAUGUACGGUCAUUAUUUUAUUAUAAUAACAUUAAUAACUACAAGGAAAUGAUGUAGUUUAAUUAAAAAUAGAAUAAAUCGGGCAGCCCUAUGUAUCAUUUUCGUGUAUCAAAACUUUGCGUAGCAUCGGCGCAUAUCAUACAUAGUCGUUAAUUUGGACCCUAAUAUAUAUAUUUUUUGUUGUUCUACCAAUCAUGUUACGCGACAGACAUUAAGGCUUCAAACACCUUCGGUAAUUCGUUCGUCUAUUUACCCCUUUAUCGCCAUUACAUAUUGGAGCUAUAAAGAGGCGAUAGACGAACAGUCGAAGUGUUUCGCGGUGCUAGCCUUAAGGCUAUAGCACACCGGCUGCGCUGCCGCUGCGGGCGUAUACGUGCACUAAAAUGUUGGAGCCGUGAACGCAUACGUCACGCAAGCGGUGUGCCAUCUCUUGUAAGUAUCUGUAUAUUACAACACGGCCUUUAAUACGCGAAAAUGAAACAAUCAUGGACCCGGUACUACACAGUCUUAAACCAAUCGAUCAACUUAAUAAGCAAUCGCAAGAGCUGACAUUUUGUAUGUUUGUUGUUGUCUUAAGUAUAACCUGUUUACAUUUUUUAUGUGCAAAUUCUAGCUUAAGUACUUAAUAGUUAUUAAAUUUUGUUUUUAUGUAGAACCUGUAAAUACUAUAUAUUGUAAAUAAAAGAAGACAUAUCAAUUUGUAUA